AGCCACUCUCCCAAAAACUUCCAAAAUCUUUUGAUUUAUCUCUAAAUCCAUUCAAAGUUUGGAUAGAUCACAACAACACAAGAAGAGAUUUUCGGAUUUGAAGUCUUUAUCAAGAACUGAAGGGGAAGUUUUCGAAGUCGAUUCAAAUGAGGAGUCCUGAUCUUUAAAAGAUCAUCCACGUUAUGGCAAUGACAAAUACUAGUACUGGAACUUUGAUUGUCCCUCAACUUCUAAAAAGGGGCAAUUAUAAGAGUUGGAGCAUUUUCAUGGAAGACUAUCUGAUUUCUCAAGAGCUUUGGGACGGUAUUAUUGUUCCAUUCAGCGCCGAUCAACAGCUGCCUAGCGAAUCUGAUGAGUGGAGAAAAAGGAAUGCUGCCGCUCUUAACGCCAUCAAGAUUUCGUGCGGCCCAGAAAGCUUUGUUCGUAUAAAGUAUACUCGUUUAGCAAAAGAUGCUUUGCAUAUGUUAGCCGAAAUGCAUAAAACAGAACCUGAAACUGAUGAAAGCACUCCAAAGGCAAGCAAUUCUCCGCUUCGGGUGGCAACUAGGAUUGUGCCCGGACUUCUAGAAAGAGGCAACCUAAUAAAGAAUUCAGAACAUGAAGAAGAAGAAGAAGAUAAAGAAACUCCAAAGAUUAAUUCUGCAAGUAUGAUUGUCCCUGAACUUCUAGCAAGUGAUAAUUAUAAGAGAUGGAGCAUCUGUAUGACAAGCUAUUUAGUUUUUCAAGAUCUUUGGGAUGCUGUUCUAUACGAUAGGGCGCCAGCUGGAGUUGAUACAAAGGAGUGGAUUAAAAAGGGUGCUGCCGCUUUGCAUGCAAUUCAGAUUUCAUGUACACCAAAAAAAUUUGAUGAAAUUGAGGAAAUCACUUCCGCCAAAAUUGCUUGGAAUACCUUGAAGGACAAACAUAUGGAAGAUGGUGCUCCCUCUGAUUUUCUUACUCGGUUGGAAGAGCGAGGGUUCCAAACUAUGGAAAGGGCUCAGUCCCUAGUUAUGCAGAAUGUAAUUGACGAAGGGGACGAUGUUGGUGCUGUAAUGGACAUUUUUAAGAGAAAUCCAGGGGCAGAAAAUUUGGGAUUUUGGACGGGUUACCCUAUUCUUCAUUACGCAACUAUUGUUGGCAAGUUAAACAUUGUCAAGGCAUUGUUUGAGAGAACGCCUGCAGUGCAAAAGGAUCCAUGGGGUAGGACAGCUCUAACAACUGCUGCUAAGGUUGGAAACAUCGAAAUUGCAAAAUAUUUAGUUAGCAAGGAUUCUUCUUUGCUUUCUGUGGUAGAUGAGUAUCAAGAUAUCCCGGUUGUAACGGCAUGUAGCCAAGGGCAUAAGGAUGUGACAAACUUUCUCUAUUCUGAAACUCCGUUCGAAAUCCUAUUACGCGAAAACGGAAAACUGGGAUCUAAAUUACUUCUCUGCUGUUCUAGAUCCGAAAGAUUUGAUAUCAUGUUCGAUGUACUUCACCAUGGUCAAAGUUUAAUUGAUGAAAAUUGGACGGAUCUUUUGGAUGGAUUCGCCAGAACACCAACAGCAUUCAGCAGUGGAAGUGGACUACCAUUUUGGCAACGAUGGAUCUAUAAGUGUUUAAAGGUGCACAUACCUAGCAAUUUUGCUGUUGUUACUAUUAAUCAGAAAGGGAAAAAAUUUGAAGAGAUACCAUUGCCAGGUCAACUAUGGAGAUUGGCUUCAUUCCUUCUUCCAUUCUUAGGCAUAAAGAAAAUGCAUGAUUUAAAGUUGAGUCAUGGCUUCACCCGUGAGAGUCUACGUUUGAUCUGUCAGCACUUGACAAAAUUAAAUUUGACGAAGUUGGAGGACCAAACUGCACUAAGGAAAGCACUCAGAAGCGCGAUUGAGAAUGGCAUUGAUGAAUUUUUAAGUCAAAUGGUCAAAACUAAUCCAGACUUACUUCUUGCACCGGUACCGGCACAGGAUGAGACUGCGAGUGCAAACUUUCUCAUGGAUGCUAUUGCAUUUCGUCAGGAGAAAAUUGCUCGCUUUAUAAUUGGAUUCCCCGUUGGCAAGGUCUUGGUCAAUUUAGAGGAUUCACAUGGGAACAAUUUAUUACAUAUCGCAGGUCAAUUGGCUUCUAAUGCUCAACUUUCUCAUAUUUCUGGUGGUGCUCUACGGAUGCAAAGAGAGAUACAGUGGUUCAGGGAGGUUGAAAGGCUUGUCAGCCAGCAUACAAAAGAAGCCAAAAACAGCAAUGAUGAAACUGCUUACCAAGUUUUGGCUAGAGAGCACAAGGCUUUGCUUAAGGAAGCAGAGGAUUGGAUGAAAGGAUUAGCAAGUUCAUAUAUAAUUGUUGGCACUCUCAUCAUCACCAUAAUGUUCGCAGCAGCUUUUACCCUUCCUGGUGGCAACGAUGAAUAUAAGGGAUUUCCAAUAUUCAAAAACAAAGCAACGUCUCUGGUAUACAUAAUAUCCGAUGUGAUCUCUCUGUUUGCUGCAGCUGCCUCAGUAAUAAUAUUUUUGGGAUUUCUCACAUUACGUUACAGCAUGGAAGGUUUCCACAAAUCUAUUCCCAAGAGGUUGAUGGCUGGGCUUUUUACUCUGUUUGUCUCUCUUGCAGCAAUGAUGAUAGCAUUUUGCUCGGCUAUUUUUCUCAUGCUAGAAAAUCAAUGGUGGAUUAUCAUUCCAUCUGUCUUGCUUGCGGGCAUUCCAGUCAGCUUGUUUGCGUGGUUGCAAUUUCCUCUACUUGUUGAGAUUUAUGUUUCAACUUACAGAUCACCAACUCUCGGUGAGAAAAGAUCCUUGGCAAGCAAAAUAAAAGCAUUCUUCUUUGGGAAAAAGAAGAUUGAGAAGGUCUAAAUGAGUCUUUGUUUUAUGUUUGUCUUAGUUGGUACCGUAGCAAUCUAAGGUCCAUGCUUGGUUGUAAAUGAAUAUUAAUUUUAUUGCCACUUUGUUUUUGUUAUGCAAUAAAAUUCUUCUUGUGCC